AUGGAUAACUUAACUAGAGAUGAGCAAGUUAUUGUAAACUUUGAAGAUCAACAAGCUAUUGGGGAAAGCCAAGGUUUACUUGCUGGAUAUUUAGGGACAUUAGCAGUUGAUUCCAAAAUUCAUUUCAAAAUUUCUGAGGGCAUUGCAAAGCGAUAUUGUAAAUUGAGCCUUGCAAAAAAGUGGUCACAACAUAGAAUUAAGUUGUGGAAUGAGUUCUAUGAUCCAUGUAUGAGUAGACAAGCAAUCAUUGAUAAUGUCCCAGUUGGCAUCGACAAAGAUCAAUGGGCAUCCUUCAUUCAAUAUCGGUUUCUACCUUCUACAAUGGAGAUGUGUAGGAGAAACAAAGAAGUUCGCAAGAAGCAAACAAUUUUCCAUACUGGUGGCUCAAAACCCAUCUCAAGGAAAAGACAUGAAAUAUUUUUACAAACUGGGCAAAAAAUUAGCCGUGGAGAAAUGUAUAUAGAAACUCAUAAGAAGAAAGAUGGGUUCUUUAUGACUGAUGAAGCAAGGAAUAUAGCGGAACAAAUUGAACUACUUAUGACUCAAAAUGAGAAAGAUGAAUCUGGACCAUCCACAAAUGAUGCUAUUGGCAAAGUGUUUGGGGAGGAGCAUUCUAGUAGGGCUAAUGAUGUUGAGAAUGAAACUAUUACACCAGCAACAGGAAGAACAUCAUCAUCAGGUGAAAGCAAUGAAAAUCGUGAAGACAUUGUUUAG